GGAAGACGAACCCGCCUUAUGAAACGCACGGUAGCGAGUUUUUCUUUUUAGACGGAGAGGAAACAGUCGUCACUUUUAAGUGUAAUUGCGAACCUGCUCUCUCUCUCUCUCUGAUUGUCUCUGUUUCGCACCUCCUGAGCUCUCAGCAAGUUUCGUCGCCAAACAUGGAAGGCUCGGCCGCCGGCAAGCCCAAGAAGUCCGGCGCUCGCCAGUGCUGCAUCUGUAACCAGAAAAGAGCUGCUCUCAAGAGGCCCAAAACCCUAGAACAGAUUUGCAGGGAGUGUUUCUAUGAGGUAUUUGAGGAGGAGAUACAUCAGGUGAUUGUUGAAAACCAGUUGUUUAAGCCCGGUGAACGCAUUGCCAUUGGUGCCUCCGGUGGAAAAGAUUCCACUGUUCUUGCCUUUGUAUUAUCGGAAUUGAAUAAGCGGCACAAUUAUGGGUUGGAUCUCUUCCUGUUGUCUGUGGAUGAGGGCAUUACAGGCUACAGGGAUGAUUCUCUUGAAACCGUCAAAAGAAAUGAAAUGCAGUAUGGAUUGCCGUUAAAGAUUGUGUCGUACAAGGAUUUGUAUGGGUGGACGAUGGAUGAAAUAGUAAAGAUGAUUGGUCUCAAGAAUAAUUGCACAUUUUGUGGUGUUUUUCGUCGUCAGGCCCUUGAUCGCGGUGCUGCAUUGUUGAAAGUAGACAAGCUUGCUACCGGACAUAAUGCCGAUGAUAUAGCUGAAACAGUUCUAUUGAACAUAUUACGUGGUGAUAUUGCAAGAUUGAGUAGAUGCACUUCAAUUGUCACUGGUGAAGAUGGACCAAUUCCAAGAUGCAAACCUUUUAAAUACACCUAUGAGAAGGAAAUUGUUAUGUAUGCAUACUUCAAGCGGCUGGAUUACUUCUCCACUGAAUGCAUUUAUUCACCAAAUGCUUAUCGUGGUUUUGCUCGUGAGUUCAUCAAAGAUUUGGAAAGAAUCAGACCUAGGGCCAUACUUGACAUAAUCAAAUCAGGGGAGAAUUUCAGAAUUUCUACUACUACAAAAAUGCCGGAACAGGGGACAUGUGAACGCUGUGGUUACAUUUCAAGCCAGAAAUGGUGUAAAGCUUGUGUAUUGCUUGAGGGACUGAAUAGGGGUUUGCCAAAGAUGGGAAUUGGUCGGAAUCGAGGAGUUAACAACAAUCAGAAGAAGGAUAUGAAACAAAGUAAUGGAGCAAAAAAUAUAGAGAGCAAACAAUGUGGGACUUUGGACUUCUGAUAUAUGAGAUGAAGGUUUAUUCGAUACUGUAUGGCAGUCACAUGGGCAAAGGCCUACAUUCAAAACCAAAUUAAGUGACGCUCUGUGGCUGUUAAGAUGAGUGUUGAAGGGCAACAAGUACGAAAGGAACAUUUAUCUUCCGUCAUAUUGUUGCGAAGGCAACAAAGUAGAAAGAUGAAGGCCUUCUUCAAUGUUAUUGGGCAUUGACGUGCGAGAAAGCACUAGCAGUGGUUUGUUGCACUAGUAAUUAUGCGUUUCAUUUCAUCUGUAGCAGGAUAUAAGAUUAUUACUGGAGAGUUUUUGAAACCAA